CGGAGCCCAAUGCAAAACAUGGCAACAACAUGGAGUUUGGAGGUAGUUUAGAGGAGUUCAUUAGACAGGAGGUUACAGUUAUCACUGGGGAGAAAUUCUCUCAUGCAUGCAGUUUAAAGGGCAAUUUGAAUGGUCCUGAGGUCAAGGAUCUUCCCACUCUUCUUGAUAUGUUAGGUGAAGGCUCCGCAAAAGCCCAAAGGUUACCAGGACCUGUAACAACUCACAGCAAAUUCAAAAACACAAAUCACAAGAUAUUUUUGUUGUCAAAUAUACCUUCUAAAAGAGUUUUAGGUUUCCUCAAAAUUGGAAGGAAACGGCUCUUUGUACAUGACAGAAAAGGGGUUUGUGUUGAAUGUGUCCCCUUGUGUGUUUUGGAUUUUUAUGUACAUGAAUCACAUCAACGACAAGGAUGUGGGAGAAAGCUAUUCGAUUUUAUGCUUCAGUCUGAAGAUAUCAAGCCUUCCCGUUUGGCAAUUGAUCUUCCCUCCAAAAAAAUGAUUCAGUUUUUACAUAAACAUUAUCAUUUGAUCAAUCCAAUUCAUUUAGCAAAUAAUUUUGUUAUUUAUCCAGGAUUUUUUGAUAACAUUUUGUAUGAAUCAGUUAAUACCGAGAAACAGUCCACAAUACAAUCGAAAUUAUCUCCAGUCGAAAUUCAGGAUCUAAAAAAGAAUGUAGUCAAUAAAAAUAAAAUGGAUCCUACUUUAAAUACUCUUUAUAACAAAACAAAUAGUCAUGACAACGGUCCAGUGUAUAACAAACAAACCAUAUCAAGUGGUAAAAUCAAUCAUGAUAGUUUCAUCACCAAUAUAAAACCGAAUAGCCGACAAAUGCAUCAACUACAUACAAGAAUACCUGAAAUGCCAACGAAUUUGAUGAUUAUAAGACCGCAUGAUUCAAGUGGAAGGGUUUGGGAUGUACCCAUAAAAACCAAUGAACAGAAUGAAUUGAAUCAACAGAAAGCUGAGAUGAAAGGUGCUGUUCAAGAUAACUAUGAGGAAGUCAAGAAAUGUGAAGUGUUCACUAUUGUGAAUAGCCCCAAAUCACAAAUGAGAGUAAAGUACUCUACACUUAGCAAUUCACAAUUAUGUAAUUAUCAACCUAUGGUAUUACAGAAUCCCGCCAAAUCGAGUUAUUCUUAUAUCAGUGCUGUGCGUAAUCAUAAUGGUCAUACACGCUUAUGGUGAAUUGUAUUAGUUAAAACAGAAUUAAAUUAUUGAAAAUUGAAUUACUGAGUGUGGAAAGUAAUCACUUGAAAAAAUUCUGUCAUUUACGAAACCAUAAUGAAUUCUAGAAAUCUCUGAAGAAAACUAACAUUCACACGAUUAUGUAAUAUGGAGGAAAUGCAAUACCUUUUUAUCCUACAUUAAAUAACAUAUUUAAUAAACAUAUGAAUAUUUAGAACUGAUAUUAGUUGGUGAACUAUUAAGAAUCUGGUAGCACUGGAUAGCUAUUUCGACCUAGUAUGGGACUCCUCAGCAGUAUGUAACCACGACUCGGCUAAGGAUCUAACUCAGGACUUUCAGGUUUCACAGGGAAUACGUUAAUUAUUCAGCCACUGAGUUGGUUUUCAGUGGUUCACAGUUUCCAACUUCUGUCAAUUCAUGCUAUACCGAUACCAUCAUUCAAGGUCUUCAGUUAGCAUCUACUUCACUUCCGACUGGUUGACCCCACAGCUCAUGACUUCUCAUUAGAGCUUCAUCAUAUCUAUCUGGAAGCAAGUCACUUAUGAGCAGCACUAUAUAGUAAUGUAUUUUUGAGAUAAAUGGGAAUUUUAAAAUGAAGUGGAUACUAACUGACGACCUUGGGUGAUAGUCUCGCUAUAUCAUGAAUUGAGAGAAGUUGGAAACUGUGAACCACUGAAAACCAACUCAGUGGCUGAAUAGUUAACGUAUUCGCUGUGAAACCUGAAAUUCCUGAGUUAGAUCCUUAGCCGAGUCGUGGUUACAUACUGUUGAGGAGUCCCAUACUAGGUCGAAACAGCUAUCCAGUGUUACCAGACUCUUAAUAGUUCACCAAUUGAUAUCAGUUUGUCAUGAAUACUACUUCUAAAUUGAAAUCGCCAUUUAUCUCAAAAAUGAAUAUUUGUAAAUAUUAGUUAAUCGUAAGUCAUAAUUCAUGUUAUUGUCUGUGUAUAUACAUAUAAUUAUAUGACGCAACUGAUUGCAAAACAAUACUUUAUAUGAUUACUCCUUUUACAAAGAGGAGUCAUUAUUCUGAUGGUGUUUAUAAUUCAUUCAUGUAAUACCAUUUACUUUCCUCAAUUCUUUUUCUUUUCUCUUAUUCUUUACACAUUUUAUUCUCAUUUGUAAUACUGUAAUGGUAAAUUAAUUAACUAUUACCAUUAUUACCCUUUAUUAUGAAUUUAUUAUCAAUAUUACUUAUGUAGAGUAGUAGUACUUUAAAACUUUUGUAUCCGAAGAAGAAAAGAAAAACUAAUUAGCUGCAAAUUGAUAAACUAC